UAUAAAAGCAGUGUAAAAAGAAUCCGCGCAUCAUUUCUUGUCAGCCACAUAAGCGAUAUACUGUAACCAUGACAUUUGCGACUUUUACGCUUCUCGCCUGCAUUAUCGCGCUCAGCAGCGCCCAAGUUCUUUCUCCCACCGCUCCACUCCAUAAUGCUAGGAGAGCCGUCGAACCUAAACUUCUUGGCGGCAUUACUGACUGUGGUAUUGGUGAACUUGUUGACGUUCGUCUCUCUGGAUGUACCCAGGCCCCAUGCACGCUCAACGCUGGCCAGACCUAUCAACUGCAAGGCGACUUCCGUUCGCGCGAUCAGCACUGGAUCCUCCGUUAUGCUUUAAUUGUACACCAAGAAAACCAGUUGACUACAAUUUUUCCGGAAACCGCAGUUCCCGACUCCGUCGUGACUCCUGGGCAACUCUAUACAUUCACGCAUGACUUUGUUUUCAACCCCAGCUUCCGAGGGAAAUCUUACAUCAGGCUUGAACUUCAUGAAAACUGGAAACAAGAGUUCUGUCUCGUCAUCCCAGUCAACGUUGUUUAAAAGGAAAUAUGUAUUUCAAUAUUUUCAACUGAAAUAAUAAAGAAUUUGAAUUUA